UAUGCACAUAUUUGGCACGAACGAGAUGGCGCAACAAGUCGACCGGAUCACGGCCAAGGAGUUGGUCGAGAUCUUAAAGAACCCCGAGGCGAGGAAUGCCGUGCGCAUCGUGGAUGUUCGCGAUGGAGACUUUGCGGGCGGACAUAUCCGUGGCGCCAUCAACGUCCCGGAGGAACACUUCCACGACGACGACGACGUCGAUAACUUUGUCGACGAGAUGAAGACCGUGCCGACGAUCAUCUUUCAUUGCAUGAUGAGCCAAGUCCGCGGUCCGUUCUGCGCGCAUCGGUUCCAAUCUCGCGUGAACGCUGUCUUGGAACAUGCCGCUAUCAAGCCCAAGGUGCUCGUUUUGACGGGCGGGUUCCAGCUGUUUCGACAGAACUACAGCCACGACGACGACCUCGUGGAAGGAUUACCCAAGGAAGGCGACUAUUAAGCUCUUCCUCCGACAGCAUACGACUCCCAUGUCGGUGGCUCAAGCUGGUUCUUCGUGAUAACGUCAAUGAGAAACCCAGGCGCAAUGCAUGGAAUGCCCUUGACUGUCCACUGACCCACCGUCGGGUCGGCCUUGCUGCCUUCCCCC